AUGCCCUACGCAGACCACACCAAAGGAGACGCAACCGUGGAAGAGCAGCGAAAUUCGAGGGGGUGUUCGCCGACCAGGAGGCAGGAGGUGGGGACUGGAGCCGAAACAGGGAGGUUAGGAGUUGGAGACCGGGGAAGCGCGAUCAGGUUUGCUGGUGCGAGCUCGUGCCGGCGGUCGCCGCUCGCCGGUGUACCGGAGACGCAUGGGUUGGGGAGGCUGGGCAGGGCUGGCUCGUUUUGUUCGAGCGUGCGGUGCGGUGCGACUGUGCGAGUGCGGUGCGGUACGGUUCGUGACAAGAAGUACACACGGCAAGCGGAUCAGGUCACAAGUGAAAAUGGAGGACAAAUCAGUACACAGAUUGACAUUAUACCAAGCUAG